UUUCUGUUUUGUUUCAGUGGGGUUGCAACACUUAGCUGUACGGAUUGCAGUGGAAGUAGCACAGCGUCUAGUGACAUAACCGAUCCAGGUUCUCCGUUCAGCACCGCGUCCAACAAUUCUGAAGAUUCCGCGUUGCAAACGUCAUCGAUAACAACCACGAAAAUGCCUCCCACACAGACGGUCCAUUCGACUUGGCCCUGGUCUGUCGGGGAAGCGCCUCCUGUAAAACGCGCCCUCAUCGGGAAAACGGAGUUCCCGAAAAGAAUUAAAAUCGAUGACGUCGCGCAUCAACCGUUAUCAAUCGAACAAAAGGUGAUCGAUACGGGAAAAACGGUUUAUCCUGUAGUAGUAAAUAAGGGUCGCCCGGCACUGAAAGCUGCCAUUACAUCGCCUGCCAUUCCGGCGAUCGCGAACUCUCUUCCAAAAGACAGUAAAUUAGUUAAUCAUAAUCAUAAAUCACAAUCGGUUUCGUCGUCGAUAACUAAAGUGCAACAGGGUAAAAUAACCGAAUACUUCAAGUACCAGACGAAGACGAAUGUUCUUCGAAGAAAACAGUUGCCCGUCAAACCGAUCGAAGGUGCCGCGAAGAAUGCGAAAAAGAAAAGCUCGAGGAACGCGCUAUCGGAAAGCGCUGUCGGUUCUUCGCCGACCAAGAAGCAAUCGGGUACCACGCUACCUAGAAAAAUAUUACCCGCACCAAGCAAAUUACAAUGUGAUAAAAUCGCGGUUAAUAACGUCAAUAGUUUUGCACCAACAGUAACGCUCACCACGUUAACGAUACAACCGAGCCUUACGUAUAUUCAUACGAAAACGCCGAAACCGCCUGAUAAUUUCUUCUUACCCCAAUUUGCCGCGAUAAAUAACGACAAACUGAACACUAUUCCACUCAUGAGCGCUACACCAUGCAUCAACACUGUAAUUCCGCCUCUACAAAAAAUUGCCACCGUUAAUAGCUUCAAUUGUUUCAAAUUGAACGCUACAGUAGUGCCUAUCGUAAAACUGAACACUUUGCCUUCGAAAUUAAACGGGUCGAAUAUCGCUUACGUCGACACAGGAGUGCCAACUGUGCCUGUUCCUUCAAAGACACCCAGCGUUAGCGACUGCAUGCCCGCUGCGACACCCCACAUCGCUCCCAUCACCCACGACCAUCCCGGCAUCUUCAACCCCGACGGCUUAUUAAACAUGUAUCACAUCAACGCUCAUCAAAUGCCCCAAUUACAAACCAGCCACUGUAUUCCUCCCGCUAGCGAACAACACCAAAUUAACCCCUUCGAAUUCCAACAGCAACAACAGCAGUCCAACAAAACCGACGAAUGUUCGCAAACUCAGUUCGAUGACGAACCAAAUUUCCUCGUAGCAGAUCAAGCCGAAGACAUUUAUAAUAUCGACAAAAAUAGGCUAGAAAAAGUACAAAACAGUAGUAAUAAUAAAUCGCCGGAAGGCACUGCCGACAUUCAGUUGCUACAAAGUUGUCUAACUGCGACCACAACAAAUGCACAAAAUAAAUGCAAAACGAUAGAAACAUCGUCAUCGCUUAGAAUAAAUAUAACUAGCUGUAGUAACAAUAAUAACAAUAUUAGUAAUAUUAACUCUAGCGUAAUAAGUAAUGUACAUCAUCAUCAUCAAGGCUCGUUAUCGCUAUCAGGCACUAGACCAAUUAUCACUGAACACUGCCAGCCUGAUAGACGCCACGAGGACAAGAAAAAUGAUGAGGAUGACGAAGAAGAAUUGGAAUGUCGUAGUAGCAGUAGGGCUGAAAAGGAUUCGGAUAGCGGGGUGUCGUGUAAAGGGUUGUUGGAGGUGAGUGUGAGCGAGGUGGUUGUGGUCAAGUCGCAGAAGUCGCCCAUCCUGUCGCAACCGAAGACAAUCAGAUUUCCGGCCAGGCAGCAGGAAUCGACAUCGGAAGCGAAAGAAAUUCGAAGCGUCAGCGCCGCGGACACUUCGUCGUGUCGAUGGUUAGGCUGUGACACACUAUUUGAAACCAGUGGGGCCUUACUAGAACAUUUGCAGGUAAGACAUGUGAUAUCCCAAGCAACACAAGAAACGUACGUGUGUUUAUGGAAUGGGUGUAAAGUGCAUGGUCGCACUUCUUGUUCCCGGUCAUGGUUAGAACGUCAUGUUCUUGCCCAUGCUGGUACCAAACCUUUUCGAUGUAUAGUCGAAGGAUGUGGCAUGCGAUUCAACUCACAAAUUUCGUUAGAACGGCACGUCAACAACCAUUUUAACAGCGAUGGAUCUCAAAAUGGUACUGCAAAGAAGAGCGUGGAAAAUGGUUCGGCGAAAUUGUUCAAGAGGAACGGGAAGAAGAUUCGAUUCAGAAGACAACCCUGGUCAGCGCGAAUGUUUGAUUUCUUCGAUUCUGGGAUUAUGGAAGGACUUCAGGAUCGUCUGCUAAGGAUGACUGAAAAGCGAACUAUGGGACAGAUAGAGGGAGUCUCAGGGGAUGUUAUGAUGCUUCGAGGACAGGUGCUUGCAACAAGGGUGCAGAAGAAUGGACAGAAACAACUUCUAGUCAAAUGGCACCCUGCUGACAUUACUCCAGAUGAGUGGGUUAAUGAAAAUGAAUAUAGCUCGUCGAAAACUGUUUCGAUCCGUUCGUUGGAGCCGUCUUCGGUGGAUAAUUUAAAACCCAUUUUGUUUCCUUCGCUUCGAAAUAGUCAACAAGAAGAACAACAACAACCAAAAAGGCUCAAGCAUCAGCGCAAACCUAAAAAAAAUACGUGAUAAACAAGCAAAAAUUCUCAGACAAACACUUUGUGAUCUGUUCGAGCAAGCGCAAAAAGAAACAAAUUGAACACAUCACACAGAGUUUUGUAAAACUGGAGAAGAGAGAAGACAAAAAAGUACAGAUGAAUGAUAGCUGAUUAUUAUGAUAAGGUAAGAGAGAAGCGCAUAGUAUUGUAUAUUUCGCAUUAUUGAUUGUGGAGUCUUUCACUGUGUACAGUAUAGAGUGUAUGUAUUGUAAGUAAAACGUAAGCUAAGUUCUCUUCGUCGCAGACGUACGGGAACUUGUUUAAAUAGUUGCAACCAGCCCUGAGACACUGCCAUGUCACUGGUUAAAUUCUAGUUAUUAGAAUAGACUAGCUAAAUUUUUUAAUACAUAAUGUAGUUCGUGUGAUUUCCUCAUUCGUAUUUUAUCAUUUGUUUCCCAUUUCGUCUCAUUUUGAUCAUACUGUAACGGUUAACUAUAAUAAUUCACGGUAUUAUUGUUAUGCAAGCCGUUUAUAAUUUAAGUUAUUGUAAUUAUUAAGUAAUUAAUAUCUUCAACGUCGUCGUCAUCAUCGAUAUCAUUAUGAUUGUAAUCGUAAGGUAAUUUUUGUCGAUCGUUAUCAGCGUAAUUAACAGAAAGGUGGACUCAAAAGGAAACAUCAAAAAUCGGCAUUCGACAUUCCUCCUUGUGUGUUCUUAUUAUUUUUUUAUGUAACUUGAAAUUUGCAAAUGCGGGAGUACAUGCACUCAGAAAAGUUAUUCGCGGUUUCUCAUUAUCAAACAUUCAAUGAGAAAUUAAUUUUCCCAAAACGCCUAAAACUCACGUCUGUGGUGCCCUUCCUUCCUAAAUUAACAUUAAAUUUGUGCAUUUCUUUCGAUCACAGUUGUUCUAAAUCAUGCAUUUCAAGUGAUUUUCUUAAUUGUGAUAAUUAAAACUUCAUUUGACUACAUUUUAAGAAAAGAAUUUAUAACUUCAAUCAGUAAUUUAUUUGAAAUAAAUGCAGUGUAAAAGUAAUACAUAUGACAGGGUAUGUAUACAAAUAUAAAUUGCUGAAAAGCACCGUAUAACGGUGAGCCUGCGAACUAAAUCUCAUGUGCAGCGCAGUCUAUCGUCAAA